AUGCAUAACGCUCAGCUACGUGCCCAGCAGGCGCGCCUGCGCACCGCCAGGGGACACGGCCAGCCGCGCCAGCGCUGCGUCGGCCGCGCUGCAGCUCUGGCGCCGCGGGCUGUUCUGCAGGCGCGCGGCCGGUCAUUUGCAGCAGACCAGGUCAAUGUGAAGCGGCCAAUCGGGGAGGGCGCAUAUGGGCAGGUCUUUGAGGGCCUGCUUGAUUUGGGUGGCGAAGAGCUAGAGCGCGUAGUGCUGAAGAGGGUCAAGCGAUUCGUCCAGGGCGCUGAGGAGAUGGUCGCGAUGGAGCACCUCAUCAACGUGACGGCGUCUAAGGCGGCGCGCGGCGGCGUGGCCGAGUUCAUGGGCUACUGCGAGGUCGAGGAGCACGAGGCGUCGCGCAGCCUGACGCCUGGCCUGUGGCUGGUGUGGCGCUACGAGGGCAUCAAUACUCUGGCGUACUACCUCCGCCGCCGCGACGCCCUGCAAGCGCUCGCGCGUGAUCUGGACGUGCCCGAAGAUCUGGUGAUCCCGGUCGCGAUGCGGCAGCUGCUGACAAGCCUCGCGGCGCUGCACGCGGCCGGCCUGGUGCACAGGGAUGUGAAGCCCCACAACAUCAUUCUUUCCGAGACCGACAAGCGCCUCAAACUCAUCGACCUCGGCGCCUGCGCGGACCUGCGGAGCGGGACGAACUACACCCCGGAAGAAUCCAUUCUUGACCCCUUGUACUGCCCCCCUGAGCAGUUUGUCCUGCCCACCGACAGCCCCCACCUGGCCAAGUCCUUCGUCGCGCAGGCGUUCGGCCCGGUGCUCUGGGCGCAGCACAAGCCCGACAGGUUCGACACCUGGUCUGCCGGCAUCAUCCUCAUGUGCCUCGCGCUGCCCAGCAUGCGCUCGUCCCGCGGCCUGGGCGUCUUCCUGCAGGAGUUCCGCUGGUCAAAGUACGAUCUUGACCGCUGGCGCGCGACGAGCCGCUGGGCCAACGCGCGGGACCUGGCGUUGCUGGACGCGGACGAGGGGGCGGGGUGGUCGCUGGCGCGCGCGCUGCUGCGGCCGCGGAGCAUAGAGGUGGCGGACAGCGGGGUGGUGAGCUUCGUGAACAAGGGGGAGCAGCUGCGGCUGUCGGCGCCAGAGGCGCUGAAGCACAGGUUCCUACGUGGCGCGCGGCAGCUGGAGCGGGAGCGCGGCGGCGCGGUGACGUCAUCGUCUGACUCCCCCCUGUCGACCUCCGACCCCCGGGACGACGACGAAGGCACCCUGUGGAUGAAGCUGGGCGGAAGCCGCCGCACCAAGCUCGGCGGCAGCCCCGGCGGCAGCGCGGCCCGCGGCGGGACGCCCGGCGGCGGCAAAGCCGGCGGCACCUAUAGCGGCGGCAAGGCGGCGGGCACCUACAGCGGCGGCAAGGCUGGUGGCACAUACAGCGGCGGGCGGCGCGUGGGCUCCGGGACGGGCGCGGGCGGGCGGGCCGUGCUGACGCCAAAGGGCGCCCCGCCGCCGCCCGACAAGCGCGCAGCGUACGCCGCCGCCGCGGCGGAGAAGCGCGCCGCCGCCGCUGCGGCGGCCGCGGGCGGCGCUCGCGCGGGUGCGGGCGCGAGGCGGGAGCGGCAGGCCGGGGGGCUGUUUGGGGCGGCGGCGGGUGUCCUGCGGGGGCUGAGGGAGAGCUUGGUAGACCUGGAGGCGCGCAUCUCCCAGGCGGCCGACGAGACCGAGACCCAGACGACCAAAGUGCGGCAGCUCGAGGCCAAGGCGAGUGCCCGAGCGGCGCGCGGCGCCCGGUCGUUCCGGUAA